UCGUGUUUUCGUGUUUAGUUUAAAGUGCCGGUGAAAAUGGAAUCAAAACACCAAAAAUACGGUCCUAGAUUGAUCCCGACCGAUCCGUGGUUACCGGAUGCCAAGCUUGAAGGAGAAACCGAACCGAACUAUAUUUUAGAGCGAGUGAAAAAGCAAAAUGAGUACCCUCCUAUUUUUGCCAAGAAGUCCUGGACCAAAGCUGUGCUUGAGAAAGAUAUCCAGAUGUAUUUUAAGCCGACUGAAACUAUUGGUGCGACUUUUACACCCGGCGCUCAAGAACUAAGAAUACAGGACUUGCCAAAACGAAAGAAAAAAGUAAAUCCGAGUCCUUUGGGAGAAGAUGGAAAAUUGCGGUACCCUCCGAAGAAAUCCAGAAAGCAAAUUGAGCAAGAAGAACUUCUACUGGAACAACACGCCAAAAAAGUGGAUACGUCAGCAUUCGUCGACAUUAUAGAUUUACUGUCAGGGGACUAUCAUAGACGAAAAGAAUCAGAAAAAAUUGCGAAGCAGAAGGAACUGAAAAUGAAACGAAAAACGGAGGCACUCAAGAUGGAAGGAUAUUCGUAUGAAAAGGAGAGGGGACAACUAAAGUUACUUCAAGCGAUAUUACCAAAAGAUCCAGAUGAUCAGAAAAGGUUUUUAUACAAAGAAUGUCAUAUAGAGAUGAAUAAGAUGAUAAAGGAAAGAGAUAUAGAACGGAUGAUCUACUAUUUAACUGAGGGUAUUGGUACUGAAUACAUAUCACCGUAUGACGACAAACUGUUGCUGCGAGUCAGAGCAAAAAUACCCGAGAAGUACAAAUUGUUAAAAGACUUCAGAGUUAUGGUAACUACUGACGAAAAAAUUGUGAAAAAGCUAUAUUGUAUUUAUAUGAGGAAACAUUUGCUGCAAUAUGUGCUUAAGGAUCCUGCAGAAUGGAUAAGAUUACGAUUCCAAACAUUUCCAUCCGAAUAUCCAAUUAUGCUGGUUAGAGCACCAGUACCUUGGCAUACAAACUAUUGUUUAAGUACUCAAUUAAUGGAAAAGCAUUAUUACAACGGAAAUAUCAUUGUCAGGAAAAUCCGUGACCUUUGGUGGGAAAAGUACGACAAUAUGCUUAUAGUUCCACAAGAUGACCUCUUGAACAAAGAUCUGACUUCUUUAACACCAGCAGGCUUGGAAGAGAGAGUGGUAGCCAUCUGUAAAAACGCCAGAAACAUCAUAGUAAACCAAUGGUUACCUUCAUGUGCAGACAUAUUUCUAGAGUUUAGGAAUUAUUGGAGGCAGUACAUUCCCAAGAUACCGUCCGAUACUACUAUGCUUGUUGAACGCUUUUUUGAUUGUGUAAAUGUCCUGUUGUCUAUGCAACUGCGAUGGUUGGUCGAAAAAAGUUUGAUACAUUUCAAGGAUCUCUUUAUUCAGUUUAAGGAAGGAAAUGAAUACGGCGAAAAAUAUGAAGAUUUAAAAUUGAUCAACAUUCCUAUAUUAACUCUAACUGUAAAACCCCAUGUUGGAACAGAUCAGUUAAUUUUUAGUCCGACUUUUGACGAAAUUCAAGCUCUAUUAAAAAGAUGCUUUGCAAAAAUAUUAGAAGUAAAUCGAAAAAUUUAUAGAAUAGAAAUUAUCAUGUUUCCAGAAUUUGCAACGAAAGAAAGAUUCCUUCACCACGUCCAUAGAAAAGAAAUGCCCGUUUUAGCUCUUCAGCAAGAAAUAAUUGAUUCUUUCAUUCCAAAUGCUAUUGGUCCUCAAAAGUAUUUAUCUGUAUAUGAUAAGUAUCUGUAUAUUUUGGAUGGUACUGCAGAAAAAGAGCUAACAGAUUUUUUUGAGAUACCGCCAUUUCCAUUUUUAAAAGACUUCGCAAGAAAAAUCAAGCACUAUGAUGAAUUGAAAGUGGAGUUUAUUAAUUUACGAAAACUGAUUCCUAUGAAUUUAUUUAAUCUUGACUGCGCUGAGUUAAACGAAACGCUCUAUAAUAUAAUAGAGACCCUAAGAAUGAAAAUUGUUAAUUAUUUUAUUGCUGAAUGCAGAUCUCUUAAUCGAUUAAUUUGCGACACGUUUGAUGAAAUGUCCCAAAAGGCUAGCGGCAAUCCAGAUACUGUUGCUGAAAUUGUUGAAUUACAAGCAUAUGUUAUUGAAUGUAGAGAUGUUACAAUGUACAAUUUAAGAGAAAAAAUUCGAAAAACCGCCGAAUAUGUUCUCUUUUUAAUGGAUUAUGCUCAUCUUUCCAAUGACGAUAUCCAGCUCAAUACUCGUGUGUUCCUUUGGCCAAAAGACAUGGAACUCGUUAUAGAGAUAGCUAUUCAACGACUAAACAUGAAAAGAGAUCAAGCAGAAACGACUCUAAAGAAUAGAAGAACGGCUUUCGAUGCACGAUUAAGAAGACAUGAAAAAAUGCUUAUUGCUUUCAAAAAGAAAGAUCCUCCAAUUCUUACCAUGGAAGAAAUGGAAGAGAGUGUAGGCGCUGUAGAAAUAAUAGUACAAAGACUGGCUGAAGAUAAAGCAGAAGCUGAGCAGAUAAAUGAAGAAGAACAGUUACUGGAUAUGGAUCCAUCACCUUUUAUGAAUUUGUAUAAAAUGUUACAAGUCGUCGAUCCUUAUGACAAAUUAUGGCACACUGUCUACGACUUUCAUAAAAAUUACGACUUAUGGUACUAUGGUCCUUUCCAAGGCUUGGACGCCGAUGAAAUUACAGAUUAUACUGAAGAUUGUUGGAGAACUUUGUAUAAAUUAUCAAAAACCUUCAGUGACAAUCCGGGUGCGAAAAGAAUAGCCGAAAUGGUUCGAGCAAAAGUGGAAAAGUUUAAGCAAUUUUUGCCUGUUUUGCAAACAAUUUGCAAUAAAGGAUUGCAAAAAAGACAUUGGGAUAAGAUCUCCGAAAUUGUCGGUGUGCCUUUAGCAAUAACUGAAGAUUCCACUUUGAGUGAUAUGAUUGAUGCUGGUUUGCCUAAAUUUACCACUCAACUGGAAGAAAUCAACGCAGGAGCUACCAAAGAACAUGCCCUGCAGGUUAAUUUGGCGAAGAUGAAGGAAGAGUGGGUCGAAAUACGAUUCGAACUGACACCUUACAGAGAAACCGGUGUUAAUAUAUUAACAGCUGUAGACGAUAUACAAGUGAUGAUGGACGAUCACAUCCUAAAGGCUCAAACGAUGAGAGGUUCUCCAUACGUAAAAGCAUUUGAAGAUGAGAUGGCUGCUUGGGAAGAAAAGUUACUUUCCAUGCAGGAUAUUUUAGAACAAUGGCUCAUUUGUCAAGCUACUUGGAUGUACCUGGAACCCAUAUUUGGAUCUGAAGAUAUAAUGCGACAAAUGCCAACGGAAGCAAGAAACUUUAAAUUGGUAGAUAGAGUAUGGAGAGCUAUUCAAAAUAACACGAUGAAAGAUACACGUGUUUUGAUAGCCACAGACUAUAAAAACAUGCUUACUUUGCUCAGAGAAAACAAUAAAAUGUUGGACGAAAUUCAAAAAGGAUUGAACGACUAUUUAGAGAAGAAGCGUUUGUUCUUCCCUAGGUUCUUCUUCUUGUCCAAUGAUGAAUUGCUUGAAAUACUUUCUGAAACCAAAGAUCCAUUACGUGUACAACCACAUCUUAAGAAGUGCUUUGAAGGUAUUCAUCAACUAGAGUUUACAAGGGACGAAGAGGUUAUUGGUAUGAUUAGUGUUGAAAGAGAAAAAGUACCGUUAAGUGAGAAAAUUGUACCAGCCGACGCCAAGGGUAUGGUUGAAAAAUGGUUAGUCCAGGUAGAAAGAGUAAUGAUCCAGUCAAUCAAAGACGUUAUGAGGGACUCUAUACACAACUAUCCAGUUGUUGAUAGACCUACAUGGAUCCUGAAUUGGCCAGGACAAAUCGUACAGUGUGUCGAUUGCAUAAUGUGGACCACUGAAGUGACAGACGCAAUUUUUGGCGGAGCUUUAGAACAACAGGAACAUCUUUGCACUCAUCAAAUAGAACAGAGUGUUAAAAUGGUGCAGGGGAAAUUGAGAGCAAAUACUCAAGUUACUGUUGAAGCUCUUAUUGUUAUUGAUGUUCAUGGUAGGGAUAUUGUUAAAAUGUUAAAAGAACUUAAAGUGACAUCAGUGGCUGAUUUCAACUGGAUAGCUCAGUUACGUUAUUAUUGGAGGGAUUUGAUGGUUAGCGUUUGUAUGAUAACCACAGAGGUAAUGUAUGGAUUUGAAUAUUUGGGAAAUACUGGACGUCUGGUAGCUACACCGUUAACUGAUAGAUGCUACAGAACUUUGAUGGGUGCUCUAAAACUGAAUCUUGGUGGGGCCCCUGAAGGUCCUGCAGGUACUGGAAAAACAGAAACAUGCAAAGACUUAGCCAAAGCUGUUGCCAAGAAGUGUGUCGUUUUCAACUGUUCGGAUGGACUCGAUUACAAAGCUUUAGGCAAAUUUUUCAAGGGUUUAGCUCAAGCAGGCGCUUGGGCCUGUUUCGAUGAGUUUAAUCGAAUCGAAUUAGAAGUACUGUCUGUAGUGGCACAACAGAUUCUAAGUAUACAAAUGGCUGUAGCUGCUAAACUUACAAAAUUUGUCUUUGAAGGAACUGAAAUUACGUUGGAUCCAACAUGUACAGUUUUUAUUACUAUGAACCCAGGAUAUGCGGGUCGACAAGAGCUACCUGAUAAUUUGAAGGUACUUUUCAGAACAGUAGCUAUGAUGGUACCAGACUACGCAAUGAUCGGAGCGAUAUCUCUUUAUUCGUAUGGAUUUGUCCAAGCAAAUAGCUUAUCAGAAAAAAUCGUUCACACAUAUAAAUUAUGUUCAGAGCAACUUUCAUCUCAAAAUCAUUACGACUACGGCAUGCGUGCUGUCAAGUCUGUACUUCUUGCUGCUGGUGCCUUAAAAAGAAUGUACCCCGAUGUGUCUGAGCCACAAAUUGUUUUAAGAGCCAUCAUUGAUGUCAAUUUACCCAAGUUUUUAGCACAGGAUGUUCCCUUAUUUGAAGGAAUUUAUUCUGAUCUGUUUCCUGGAGUCGAAAUUCCCAAAUUUGAGCGCGCCGAGCUCAUCGAGUGUUUAGAGAGCGAAAUUUAUAAAAGAAAUUUGCAACCCACACCAUGGUUUGUAGAUAAAUGUAUGCAGAUAUAUGAGAUGAUUUUAGUCAGACACGGUCUAAUGAUCGUUGGCAGGCCUAUGGGUGGAAAAACUUCUGCCUAUCAGAGCUUAGCAGCUGGUUUAGGUACCCUUGCAAAUCGGCAGAAUGCUUCGUUGAAAGAAUAUGAUGUAAUUUACAAAAUAAUAAAUCCAAAAGCUCUGACUAUGGGUCAGCUCUAUGGACAAUUUGAUCCUGCAUCACACGAAUGGUCGGACGGAGUUUUGGCAACAACGUUCAGAGAGUAUGCAAACAGUACAACCAGAGAUCGCAAAUGGAUUCUGUUUGAUGGUCCAGUGGAUGCAGUAUGGAUUGAAAACAUGAAUACGGUUUUGGACGAUAACAAAAAACUUUGCUUGAUGUCAGGUGAAAUAAUUCAAAUGUCACCACAAAUGAAUUUAAUAUUCGAGCCUGCCGAUUUAGAGCAUGCUUCUCCAGCAACAGUAUCCAGGUGCGGUAUGAUUUACAUGGAACCAGCUCUUUUGGGUUGGAAGCCUUUCAUGGAUUCAUACAUGAACAAAUUAGCAAAGUUCCUCUUGGUAGAACAGCAAGAACUGUUGGUCGAGUGCAUGGAGUGGCUGGUUCCUGCCGUGUUUAAACAAGUCCAUAAGUCUAAAAGAUUUGUCGAAACGUCGGACAUUCAUCUUUAUUUUUCAUUUACCAGGCUAUUUACCUGCUUGAUACGAGACGAAAACCAAGUGAGUACCGUAUGGCUUCAAUGCACAUUAAUAUUUUGUCUCUUAUGGGGUUUUGGAUCGACAUUAACAUUGGAAGGAAGGCAGACCUUCGAUACAUUUUAUAGGAAGUUAUUAUACGGCGAAAACAGAAAAUAUCCUAAACCAAAAUCGUUCAAACUAACGAAAAGCCAAAUAUUUCCCGAUCGAGCUAACGUCUUUGAAUGGGUCUACGAUAAGAAAAAUAACGGUACUUGGAUUAGUUGGACUGAUACAGUAGAGAAAAUUGACAAGAUCCCUCCAACUGCUAAGGCAAAUGAACUGAUUAUUCAAACAAAUGAAUCAUGUUGUCAGAGAUUCUUUUUGAAGAUGUGCCUGGAUAACAAAAUACCGAUUCUGUUCAUUGGACCAACUGGAACUGGCAAAUCGGCAGUGGUAAUGGACUAUAUGUUGAAUUUACCGAAGGAGAAAUUUUUGCCCAAUAUUGUUAAUUUCAGCGCCAGAACAUCAUCGACUUUGACCCAGGAAAUGGUAAUGUCAAAACUGGACAAAAGAAGACGUGGUGUCUUUGGUCCUUCAAUGGGCAAGCAGUGUAUAUUAUUCGUCGACGACGUAGGUAUGCCGCAGAAAGAAACCUGGGGUGCUCAACCUGCAGUUGAACUGCUUCGUCAGUAUAUAGAUCAUGGACAUUGGUACGAAAAAGACACAUCAAUGCUCUAUCUUGUGGACAUACUCUUCGUUGGUGCAAUGGGAGUUCCAGGAGGUGGUAGAAAUGAGGUCACUGAUAGAUUUUUAAGACACAUGCAAAUUAUCACCAUUGACUCUUUUGACGACAAUACUUUAAGCAAAAUAUACACGACCAUAUUAGAUUGGCACUUUGCUAAAGGCUACGUGGAACCAGUAGCAAGGCUUUCUAAGUUUUGUUGUGCGGCUACUUCAGAAGUAUAUAAAGAAGCGAUACAGCAAUUUUUGCCAACACCUGCAAAAUCACACUACACUUUUUCGCUGCGAGACUUCUCCAGAGUUAUUCUUGGGCUUCUUCUCACACCUCCCCAACGGAUGGACGAUCCUGACAAGUUUAUAAGACUCUGGAUUCAUGAAACGUACAGAGUAUAUCAUGAUCGACUCAUUGACGAUGAUGACAGGAAAAAACUUUUUAAUAUUGUCAAAGAGGCGUGCUAUCAAGGAUUUAGACAGAAAUUUGACAAAGUAUGCGCGGUAUUUGUUCCCGAAGAUGAAAUAAUAGCACCUCGCCAUCUCAGAAACUUGUUUUAUGGGAAUUACAUUAAUCCAGACGCAGAUCCUAAAAUUUACGAUGAGAUUUUAGAUAUGGAGGAUUUAAUAGCUAAGAUGGAAUAUUAUCUCGAGGAACACAAUACGAUGUCCAAAACUCCAAUGAAUUUGGUUAUGUUCCAAUUUGCCAUAGAACAUGUGUCGAGAGUCUCACGUGUUAUUACUCAACCCAAUGGAAAUGCAUUGUUGGUCGGUGUAGGAGGAUCUGGAAGACAUAGUUCAGCGAAGUUGGCAGCUUUUAUGGCUGAAUGUGCCAUAUUUGAAAUUGAAAUAACCAGGACCUACAGCACUUCGGAAUGGAGAGAAGAUUUGAAGAAAUUAUUAACGAAAGCAGGUACAGAAGGAAAACCUAUUCUGUUUCUUUUCGCCGAUACCCAAAUUGCGGACGAAGGCUUUAUUGAAGACAUUAAUACAAUUCUCAACACCGGUGAUGUGCCAAAUUUGUAUGCGCCGGACGAAAAAGCUGAGAUUUUAGAAAAAAUGCAAGCAGUACUUAAAGAAAGCGCCAAAAAAAUGGAAGCAACGCCAUUAGCUUUAUAUAACUUCUUUAUUGAACGAGUAAGAAGGAAUCUGCAUAUAGCACUAUGUUUAUCACCGAUUGGAGAUUCAUUUAGAAUUAGAUGUAGAAUGUUUCCAUCUCUUAUUAAUUGUUGUACCAUCGACUGGUUCCAGAAGUGGCCUGAUGAUGCAUUGGAAAGGGUAGCCCAUAUGUUUUUAAGUCAGACAGAUAUCGGUGCAGAAAUGAUUGACGUGUGCGUAUCAAUUUGCAAACAUUUCCAUGUGACCGUUCAGGAUUAUUCUGACAUAUUUUACACUGAGCAAAGAAGAAAGACAUAUAUUACUGCAACAGCUUAUCUUGAGCUAAUUCAAACAUUUAUAUCUCUCUAUGCUUUAAAAGUAGGUCAAAUAACUCUACAACAGAGAAGAUAUGAAACUGGAUUAGAAAAACUGGAUUUCGCAGCUGGACAAGUUGGUUUAAUGCAAGACGAAUUAACUGCACUACAGCCAAAACUUAUUAUUGCCUCAGAAAAAACUGAAAAACUAAUGGUCAAAAUUGAACAGGAUACCGUUGUUGUCGAAAAACAAAAAGAAAUUGUAGCAGCCGACGAAGCUGUUGCAAAUGAAGCAGCUGCAGCAGCGCAAGCUAUCAAAGAUGACUGCGAAUCAGAUUUAUCCGAGGCCAUUCCAGCCUUAGAAGCUGCUAUAGAAGCUUUGGAUACACUGAAACCUGCGGAUAUUACAGUUGUUAAGUCCAUGAAAAGUCCACCUUCUGGUGUAAAACUGGUUAUGGAAGCUAUUUGUGUAAUGAAACAGAUAAAACCAGAAAGAAAACCAGAUGUUGCGACGGGAAAAAUGAUAGAAGACUAUUGGGGUCCAUCUGUCAAACUUUUGGGAGAUAUGAAAUUUCUGGAAAACUUGAAAUCUUACGAUAAGGAUAAUAUACCCCCAGCUGUAAUGAAAAGAAUAAGAGACAGAUAUAUGCCAGACCGAGAAUUUAAUCCUGAGCGAAUCAGGCACAUCUCUACCGCAUGUGAAGGACUUUGUAAAUGGGUAAGAGCUAUGGAAGUGUAUGACAGAGUUAUCAAAAUCGUCGCUCCGAAAAAAGCUCGUCUGGCAGUAGCAGAAGCUGAACUUGCUGCGCAGAUGGAUACGUUAAACGCAAAACGAGCACAGCUAAAAGAGGUUGCUGAUAAGUUACAAGCACUUAACGACGAAUUCGCUGCUGAAACAAAGAAAAAGAAAGAUCUUGAGGACGACAUAUAUAUUUGUGCUCAAAAAUUAGACAGAGCUGAGAAGUUGAUUGGGGGUCUCGGUGGAGAAAAAGCUCGGUGGUCAGCUACCGCCAAAGAAUGCGAAGCUUUACUUGGAAAUGUCAUAGGAGACGUUAUUCUAUCUUCAGGAGCCAUUGCUUAUUUGGGUCCAUUUACAGUCAACUACAGGCAGUCCUUAUUAAAAGAAUGGAAUGAAUACGCCUUAAAAUCUGGAAUUCCCUGUUCUAGUAACUUUUCAUUAGUUGUUACAAUGGGCGAACCAGUAGUUAUAAGAGCUUGGAAUAUAGCUGGAUUGCCAGUGGACAACUAUAGUAUUGAAAAUGGAAUUAUCUCAACCACAGCCAGAAGGUGGCCGUUAAUGAUUGAUCCGCAGGGCCAAUCAAACAAAUGGAUCAAGAACAUGGAAAAGACCAAUAGACUCCAAGUAAUCAAACUCACUGACGCAAAUUAUGUCAGAGUUGUAGAAAAUUCCGUAACUUUUGGCACCCCGGUUCUGCUAGAAAAUAUAAGCCAAGAAAUCGACGCCAUAUUGGACCCUGUUUUAGUAAAGACGAUUUUUAAGAGUCAAGGCGUUUGGUACUUGAAACUUGGUGAUAACGUUCUGGAAUAUUCCUUUGACUUUAGAUUGUAUAUCACCACCAGAUUGAGAAAUCCCCAUUAUUUACCAGAGAUAGCGGUGAAAGUGACGUUGGUGAAUUUCAUGAUAACUCCACAAGGAUUACAGGAUCAGUUGUUGGGUAUUGUGGUUGCUAAAGAAAAACCGGAGCUAGAAGAAAAGAAAAAUAUGAUGAUUGUGGAAAGUGCCAAUAACAAAAAAAUGUUGAAAGAGAUUGAAGACAAAAUUUUAGAAGUUCUGUCUACAUCAGAAGGAAACAUACUGGAGGAUGAAACAGCAAUAAAGAUCCUAUCCAGCAGUAAAAUUCUCUCCGAAGAGAUCCAGGAGAAACAAAAACAAGCUGCAAUAACAGAAAAGGAAAUAGACACGGCUCGAAACGGCUAUUUGCCUGUAUCUAAACAUUCGUCAGUUCUAUUUUUCUGCAUAUCUGACCUGGCAAACAUAGACCCAAUGUACCAAUAUUCUUUAGUUUGGUUCAUUAAUCUGUACAUUCACGCAAUUGACGUAAGUCCGAAAUCCUUCAUUCUGGACGAGCGAUUAGCGGCUUUGAAUGAUUAUUUCACCAAUAGCAUUUAUAGAAAUGUAUGUAGAUCAUUGUUUGAGAAAGAUAAGCUGGUCUUUUCGAUGGUGUUGUCGGUAGGAAUACUCAGAUCUCACGGUGAUAUAAAUGAAGAUAUUUGGAAUUUUUUCCUAACUGGUGGAGUUGCUUUAGAUAACCCGCAUGCUAAUCCGUCUCCAGACUGGUUAUCAGAUAAGUCAUGGUCUGAGAUUGUACGAGCCAGCAACUUAAAAGGGUUAAAUAAUUUUAUGGCAUCAGUAAAGAAAGACAAUACAGCUUGGAAAAAGUUUUACGAUUCGUCUAAUCCCAAUGAACUGCCGUGUCCAGCGCCGUUUAACCAUGUAAAAGGAUUACUCAGAUUGGUUCUAAUACGUUGUGUUCGACCGGAUAAAGUAGUACCAGCAGUUCAGAAUUACGUCGUGGAGGAGAUGGGGCCAUCUUAUCUAGAACCACCACAAUUUAACCUUGAAGAAUCUUACCACGACAGCAACCCCUGUUCACCGCUGAUUUUUAUUCUAUCUCCCGGAGCGGACCCUAUGGCUGGAUUGGUUCGUUUUGCAGCAGACAGAGGAAUUAGUAAAACAUCAUUAAUGACAGUAUCUUUAGGACAAGGACAAGGACCCAUAGCAUCUAACAUGAUUUCCACCGGUCUUGAAACUGGACAAUGGGUUGUACUCCAGAACUGUCAUUUAGCUGAGAGUUGGAUGAGGGAGUUGGACAGAAUUUGUGAUGAGGUUAUUAUUCCCGAGGUCACCCACCAGAAUUUUAGGUUAUGGUUAACGAGUUAUCCUAGUAAAGCUUUCCCCGUAUCGAUUUUACAAAAUGGAGUUAAAAUGACAAAUGAAGCUCCUAAAGGACUACGGCAAAAUCUCUUAAGAUCAUAUUAUUCUGAUCCUAUAUCAAACCCAGAAUUUUUCGGUGCCUGUACAAAUCAAAAAGCCUUUAGGCCUCUGUUAUUUGCCUUAUGUUUCUUUCACGGCAUUGUUCAAGAAAGAAGGAAAUUUGGCCCACUUGGCUGGAAUAUACCUUACGAAUUUAACGAAUCUGAUCUGCGUAUCUCCGUUAUACAGUUGCAGAUGUUUCUUAUUGAUUACACUGACGUCCCUUAUGAUGCUUUGACAUAUUUAACAGGAGAAUGCAAUUAUGGCGGCAGAGUUACCGACGAUAAGGAUAGAAGAUUACUGAAUUCAUUGCUUUCCAUAUUUUAUAUCCCAGAAACUGUUAAACAUCCAGGGUACGCAUUUUCCCCUAGUGGAAUGUAUUAUGUCCCAACAAAUAAUACUUGGGAAGGUUGUUUAGAAUAUAUUAGAAGUCUGCCUAUCAACGCGCUACCAGAAGUUUUUGGAUUGCAUGAAAAUGCCGAUAUCACUAAGGAUAAUCAAGAAACUCAAGCUCUUCUGCAUGGUAUACUUCUAACACAAACAAUGAUUACUGCGGGAGGAGCUGCAGAAGACACUCAAGCUCAAGUUAUCGACCUAGCGAAUGAUAUAUUGGACAGGAUACCAAGUAUUUUUGACAUUGAAUAUGCUGAUGAAAAAUAUCCGGUCAUGUAUACAAAUUCAAUGAAUACCGUCUUAAAACAAGAGCUGAUACGAUUCAAUCGGCUAAUUGUAGUGGUUAAAAAGUCACUGAGGGAUAUGAUUAAAGCUGUACAAGGAUUGGUAGUAAUGUCACCGGAACUAGAACAAACCUGUGAAGCUCUUGUUGUAGGAAAAGUUCCUGAAGUUUGGGCAAGCAAGAGUUAUCCAAGUUUAAAACCAUUAGGUUCUUACGUGAACGAUCUGAUUGCCAGGCUAAAAUUUUUACAAAAUUGGAUAGACAACGGCGAACCCAACGUCUAUUGGAUAUCGGGAUUUUACUUUACUCAAUCAUUCUUAACAGGUGUUCUGCAAAAUGUUGCCAGAAAGAAGAAAUUGCCAAUAGACUGGAUUCACUUCGAAUAUUAUGUAACUGAAUAUGAACCUGACAACACGGACGUAACAUGUCCAUUUGGAGUUUAUUGCAAGGGACUCUUUCUGGAAGGUGCGAGAUGGGAUAGAAAGUUACGAAGACUGAACGAAUCAUUUCCAAAAAUAUUAUUCGACUUAAUUCCAAUAAUGUGGAUGAAACCAGCAGAAAUAUCAAAAUUUUCUCCUCCUCAAUGUUACUAUUGCCCAGUUUAUAAGACUAGUGCCAGAAGAGGUAUUUUAUCAACUACCGGGCAUUCCACUAACUUUGUGAUGUAUAUUACCUUGAAUUCCAAUGUACCAGAGAAACAUUGGAUCAAUCGUGGAGUUGCUUCUUUAUGUCAGCUGGAUGACUGAUUUUUAUUGACUGAUUUUACAUUGUUUUUUACAUUGUACACUUUUUUUAAGUAAAGUAGGAAUUUUCUAUUAAA